AUGGCGAUAAUAGAUACUCUACCAGCAGUUGAUGUGUCCGUACGAUUGAACAACUCCUUCGACAACGCAGCUGAAUACCCGGACCCGAACCCCUACCGUCAAGAACGAUACCUGGGAGGGUAUGAGCGCUGCUCCCGCAACUACAUUGAGAGCCAACAUGAUGCCGAAUUUUGCAUCAAUAUCCGUGUCACAGAUGACCGCUCUAUCGACCCCUGGGUCUAUGAUGACUAUGGUUUUCUAUUCUUCCUUUACAUCGAUGGGAUCUUCAUGGGCAAGAGGUUUUGCCUGAGCAAAGACUUCAGCGGAAGACAGUGGCGCUUCACAUUCUCCUCUAGGACGUACCCAAACGCAGACCGCUCCUCUCUCGUCAAGAGCAGAUUCAAGUUUCAGUCAAUUGUUGCUGUCGACGACGAGCCAACGGACGGCGACUUUCGCAGAGCCCGCGACGUUGGCACGAUUGAGGUGAAGCUCAAGCUUGGAAAACUAUGCCCCAUGGUCGAUCGUCGGCAACGUAGAAACCUUGAGAGAGACUUUCGUGAGCCAGAUGUGGAUCACUUUGAGAUCCCUGAAGAGGCACUCAAGGGUCGCCCUAUCUACCACGGCACUUCGUUCACAGCUCCGGAGAGUUUGCCUGGAGGCCCGCCACGUGGCAAUGCUCCGAAGUCCAUCACCGGGGCACUGCUAGCGACGUACAACUUCAAGUCUGAUAUUAUUCCAGAGGCCUUGAAGGUUGAGGGCAUUAUUCCUCGGACACCAAGUCCCGAGCCUGCGCUUCCGCGCAAGGUCCGUCUUGAGAAGUCAGGUGAUGUUCCUCGAUUCGAAGACCUAUACCACGACGAGGUGGAACGACUUGCUCGAGAAAGGCUGAGACAGCUUCGGGAUGAGAGACUCCAGACGUCCAGCUUGAGAAGGCGCACGUAUGACGACUAUUGUGACCUCACAGAGGAAGAUGAAAAUGAGCCAGCGCGGCCUUACAAAACCAUCAGGACAGAAAGGGGACAUGAUAUUAUUGAUCUCACAGGCUGCUACUAG